AUGAAUCCAGGUUAUGGGUCGAUAACAAAUGAUUCUAGUGGAGCAAUGAAGUGGAGUGCGGAGACUGUAACCAUUAUCGUCUCCAUCGCCUUGUUUGCCUUCUUCUCCUUCUUAGUUGCUCUGGUGACCCUCUGCUGCUCGGAUCAUAAGCCCAGUAGCUCCUCUGUGUCGUCGGCAAAGGCGGCACAGUCUCCGGAAGGGAAGAUCGGCUGUUCGGAACAGACUGAGAUCGUUGUGAUCAUGGCUGGAGAUGAGCACCCAACGCAUCUCGCGAAACUGGCCGCUCCUCCUGCUUCUUCUUGCACUCCUCUGCCUUCGUGA